GUCAUAGCACCAUAAUGACGUUUCUACAACAGACACUUGACAGCACUAAUUUGAAGAAAAAAGAUAAGACCUGUUACUGGUUCAAUUAAAUUUUAAAAACAUUUUAAGUUUUUGAAUAUAAUGGAGAAUGAAAAUAGGAGCAGUGUACUAAAACAUUUCUGGACUCGCAUGGAAGUGACCAUUGGUUUAAUACCUCCACUUGUGAUAAACAUUCUUGAUUUACAUGGCCUUUCAGCUACCAGUUGGUUAGCCAAUGUAACCGAAGGAGACAUUGAUGCGCUUGAAAUUGAAAUGCCAAAUAGAGGAGAAAAACUUGUCAACAGAGCGGUUAUCGAGAACAACAAAUUAAAACCAGAAGAAUAUUUUGGUGGUUUUGUCGACAAUCCAGAAGAGUUCACUUUCUCUAUGGCACAAAGGAAAUGUAUACAAGCCAUAAUUGCAGCAGUAAAUAAACAUGGUAUUCAUUAUUUCAAUGGAACGAGUGUUGGUUCCGAACAAGUAGGCAAGAAAAGCGACAUAGUACGAAACAAAACAGAUAAUACUACCGAACACGAUGUAUUGGUUAAAAGAAUUUUAAGUUAUUAUAACAAAUUAAAUCAGUGCAAAGGUGAAUUCCCUGAUGACUUCAUGUCAAACUUAGUGAUUAGAAGCACACAAGGAUCAGGAGGCAAGUUAGUAGCCUUUGUUACGUGCCCAGUGUGUAUAAAAGAGAUAAAGAUUGUGCGAUAUCCGUCUCAUUCCUGGCCGGUGUAUAACUUUGCACAGCACUUUAACAAACACAACAAAAAUUCCCCAAAAUCUCUUUCCGAAAAACCAAACAUUUUUCCGUUCGUGACACAAGCAGAACAUUCUAACGAGCAAGUGUUUGAACCAUUCAAUGCUGUUGAAAAUCUACACUCAGAAAAAUUCUCACUUCAAUGCUACGUGAAAAUGUUUUUCAACUGACGCCAUAUUGCCAUAUUGACAAAAUGAAUUCAAGUAAGUACGUGACACAUAAAAUAUAUGUGACAACAGCAAUAAUUCUGACAUAUGGUUCAUUUCAUAUUCAAUCAUGAUCCGAUGAUUGGUAAGAACAUCACGUGAACUCUGACGACAAAGCCAUAUUUUGGAAACUACGUGAUUUUUCACAUAAGGUUAACGUGUGGAUUUUUUUUGAGUGUACACCAACAACAACACGGUCAGUUAGCAUGUAGCCCAGUGUAUUCUGCUUCUGAUGUCGUCGACAAAGUUGCAGAACGUACAGCAAUUAGUGUCGGCCAGGAUAAUAUAAUAUUGAUUCGUAAGCGUUGUGAGGAAAAAAUCAUAAGAAGAUACCUGGCGCAGAAAAUUGCAAAUCUUAAAAAGACCGUUAUAUUAAAAACUUCUGGAACGAAGAAAAAUAACUGAACAUACUCUAAGGGCGAAAUAUUAUAACCGACCAGUGAGAUUUGUUAUAGUAUAAGUUGAUUUAUGUAAGAAUUAAACUAAAUCCUGUAAUAAUAAAAUAAGAGUAAUAUAUUUGUUCAUUUA